AUGUCAUUCAACCCACCUUCCGGCGCCGUCGCCAGAGUCUCCAUGAUAGACACGGCAUCGCGCCUCCACAUGCUCCGGUCAUCGUGGCUGCUGAAACCGUCGGUUAACGGUCUGGAGGUGAUGCCACCGCUCGCGACGUGGUCGUUCCUCAUCGAGAGUUCCACGGGCAAGAAGGCCCUGUUUGAUCUCGGAAUGCCGUCUGGCCCGGAGACUUGUCCGCCCUCUGUCAAGGCGCAGCUCGAGGGUGCCGGGGCGAGACUCGAGUCCGAGAGGACGGUGGGCGAUGUCAUCGAGCAGCAUGGCAUCAGCCUCGGCGACAUUGACUCUGCUAUAUGGAGGUACGCCUUCUCACCUGGUCAAGAAUUCGUGAACAACAGUACUCAUGCUCAUCUCAGCCAUUGGCACUGGGACCACGUCGGUGACGUGACAGAAUUCCCGGGCACGACGGAGCUCGUUGUCGGUCCCGGCUUCAUGAAGGCCUUUCAUCCUGGCUAUCCCCGGUAUCCGGAUUCUCAUAUCCAAGAGAGCUAUUUCAGGGACCGGCACGUGCGAGAGAUCAGCUUCGACACCGAUGCUCUGCUCAUCGGCCCCGUCCGCGCCCACGACUUCUUCGGCGACGGAUCCUUUUACCUCAUCGACGCACCAGGUCACAGCACAGGCCACAUGGCCGGCCUGGUACGCACCACCACCACCACCGGCUGCGGCCCGGACACCUUCAUCCUCAUGGGGGCCGACACGACCCACCACGCCGGUGAGAUGCGGCCCUCGGCCAGCCUCCCCAUUCCCGACACGGUCGACUACGGUCUCGACGACGACGAGCAGGGAGCAGCCCGUCCGCGAGGGUGCUGCUUCCGACAGAUCAACGUCCGGCGUGGCCGCGGGGGAGACGAGCCGUUCUUCGAUGCCGUUCUGGCGGAUGACCUCGACGCGGCUGCCGGAUCUAUCCGCUCAGCUCAGUGGGCUGACGCGCAGGAGAAUGUCUUCUACAUUGCCGCGCACGAUAUGACGGUCGAGGGCGUGGUAGAUCUGUUCCCCCAGACGAUGAAUGACUGGAAGUCCAAGGGCUGGAAGGAGGUGACCAUGUGGCGGUUCUUGCGUGACCUGGAGGCUGCGACGGAGAUUAGGUAG